CCAGGGUAGAGAGGGGCAGUUAAGGGGUGGCACUGCCAGGGUUGAGAGGGGCAGAUAAGGAGGGACUCCCUGCCAGGGUAAAGAGGGGCAGUUAAGGGGUGCCACUGCCAGGGUUGAGAGGGGCAGAUAAGGAGGCACUCCCUGCCAGGGUAGAUAGGGGCAGUUAAGGGGUGGCUCACUGUCAGGGUAGAUAGGGGCAGAUAAGGAGUGAACACUAGGGCAGUGAGGGUCCCCUGUGUUAGUGUCUGAUCCAGCAGGAAGAUGUGGUUUAUCUAUAUACUCAGCUGGCUGUCCUUGCUCAUCCAGGUGGCCUUUGUCACUUUGGCAAUAGCUGCCGGACUUUACUACUUGGCGGAGUUAAUAGAGGAAUAUACCGUAGCAACAAGCAGAAUCAUAAAGUACAUGAUCUGGUUUUCUACAGGGGUGCUGAUUGGUCUGUACCUGUUUGAGAAGUUCCCCGGGGUGAUGGUGGGAGUAGGACUUUUCACGAAUGUAGUAUACUUUGGAUUGCUACAGACAUUCCCUUUCAUAUUGCUAACAUCCCCCAACUUCAUUCUAUCCUGUGCUCUUGUGGUGCUGAAUCACUACUUGGCUUUCCAGUUCUUCGCUGAAGAGUAUUACCCCUUCUCAGAGGUCCUUGCAUACUUUACCUUCUGCCUGUGGCUUAUACCUUUUGCGUUCUUUGUGUCCCUGUCAGCGGGAGAGAAUGUGUUGCCAUCUACAAUCCAACAAGGAGAUGACGUGGUUUCCAAUUAUUUUACGAAAGGUAAGCGAGGAAAACGUUCUGGAAUCCUUGUUAUCUUCUCAUUCAUCAAGGAAGCCAUAUUGCCUACUAGGCAGAAAAUGUACUGAGCCCUGCAUUCCUCCUCCCUGUGGGAUCGACCUGUGCACAGCAGCCACGCUGAAACACUAAAACAGAGCUUAAAUAAAAGAAGAAAGACUUGCAAAGGGUUGAACCAUGGAGGCUGUCUCGGGCUUCAUAUUUGCACGUACGCUUUUCCCAAAGGAUGUUUUCAGGGAUAUAAGAGCUGCUGUGUGGAUGGAAGUCCUGGAUCCAGUGGAAGGUGCUGCUUUACGUGCCCAAAACCAGUUGAGGUUCUCCCGUUUGUCAACGCAUCCCCGUGAUUGCUCGAAGUGGAGGAGUCGUUCCCUAAUUUACUGAUUUACAGAAAAGGCUAUUUUAAACUCACUGGGUUUACUUGUUAGGAGUACUCUUAUUUAAUUCAAGAAUAAAAAGUAGACUCAUUCUGCAAUGAAAAAUCCAAGGUUCUAGUCAAUUUUUUUAAACAAAAUUUACUUAAUGCCGAUAGAUUUUUUUCUUUAUUUUUUCUGGCGUAGGCCAGUUUGGCCUCUCUUAGUCAUUCAGCUCUGCAGAGAUUAAUGUGAUUUCUAAUAAAUGUGUGUUUUCAGCAUAGUGGACAUUUAACAAGAAACGUGCAGUGACUGCAGUAGCCUCUGCUCUUGUGAAAUAAAAGCAGCCUUUCUUAA